AUGAGGAAAAGGUUACAUCAGUUGAAGAGAAGACCACACCAUACUCAGCAAAGCCCACACAACAUGGAGAAAAGACCAGAUUAGUCAAUGAGAAGACUACACCAUACUCAGCAAAGCCUACACAACAUGGAGAAAAGACCACAUCAGCCAAUGAGAAGACCAUACCAUCCCCAGUAAAACCCACACAACAUGAGGAAAAGACUACCUCAGCCCAUGAGAAGACUACACCAUUCCCAGUAAAGCUCACACAACAUGGAGAAAAGACCACAUCGGCCAAUGAGAAGACCACACCAUCUCCAGUAAAACCUACACAACAUGAGGAAAAGACCACCUCAGCCAAUGAGAAGACCACACCAUCCCCAGUAAAGUCCACACAACAUGAGGAAGAGAUUACAUCAGACAAUGAGAAGAUCACACCAUACUCAGCAAGGCCUAUACAACAUGGAGAAAAGACCACAUCAGCCAAUGAGAAGGCCAUAUCAUCCCCACUAAAGCCUACACAACAUCCAGAAAAGUUGACAUCAGCCAAUGGGAUGGCCAUAAAACCCUCAACAAAGCCUACAGAACAGGAAGAAAAGACCACAUUGGCCCAUGAGAAGAUGACACAAGUACCAGAAAAGUCUACAAAAUACCCAGAAAAUACCCCAUUAACCACAGAGAAAGCCAGAAGAGCCUCAGAAAUGCCUACAGUACACCCAAAGAAGACCACAUCCACCAUGGGGAAAACCACACCAGUCCCAGCAAAACCUACGGAAAACUCAGAAUAUACUGCAGUCAUAAAGAGUAUAAGACCUCCAGUCAAGGUUACAGGAGACAAAUUUGUUGCUGCUACUUCUCCUUAUCUACAUAAAACUGGGGUUACCCAUCAGGUGCCCAUUGGUUCUGUCACAAUCACUGCAUCUAGAAUGGAGCUGAGUUCCAUCCUGUCAGAAGCCCCAGGCCAUAAGAGUCAUCAAUACCAGAAUAAAGAUGGCUCCCAAGGAGGUCUCCAUCCUGGACAGAUGGGCGAAAAUGAUCCAUUCCCUGCAUGGGCCAUAGUUAUUGUGAUUCUGGUGGCUGUAAUUCUCCUCCUGGUGUUCCUUGGCCUGGUCUUCUUGGUCUCUUACGUGAUGCGAACACGCCGUACACUGACCCAGAACACCUGGGACAAUGAUCCAGAGGAUGAGGGCGGCCCCAAUUCCUACCCAGUCUACAUGAUGGAGCAGCAGACCCUUGGCAGGGGCCAGAUCCCUUCCCCACGAUGAUCCCGGAGAAGGUGCUCUGCCCUUUUCCUGAAUGAGGAACCAGACACACAAGUUCUAUUUCCUGGACUCCGGGGAAGGCAGAGAAUACUGACAGCAGCCUUACCCUUCCCUCUGUUCUUAAUUGCCACUGGUUGGGGAAUGAGGUGACAAGCAAGGAGGACCCAAGUUUAGGGGACAGAGAAGAAUGUGCAAAUUAUACAAGUCAGUGUUCUCUGUUGAA